AUGGCUUCAGCAGAAAAGGAAUUUUCACAAGACAGCAAUUUUUCACCAAAAGGUGGCACCAGCCAGCUGCCAGCAGAUCCAUCUCCUGACUCUAAAUGCCCCAUCUGCUUGGACAGAUUUGACAACGUUGCCUGUCUAGAUUGCUGCUUUCACCGGUUCUGUUUCAUCUGUAUCCAGGAGUGGUCAAAAAACAAAGCAGAAUGUCCCCUCUGCAAGCGACCCUUUUUUUCCAUUUUCCACACCAUCCGUGCUGACGAUGACUUUGAAGAGCAUAUACUCAGCCUGUCAGAAAACAGCCCUACCUCAGCGAGGGAGCACCGCGCUGGAAGUUCCCCUGCCCCAAGGCUGCUGUCACCAGAUCGCGGGGUGCUGUUUGAAGGGCUCUCUGACGAACCAGUGUGGGAGACGGUUGAAGAGAUUCAGCUUGUGACAAGGACUCUGGCCUGGAGGAGGCAGGCGAGGGCAGAGGGCACAUCUCUGCCACAGAUUCCGGAGGAGGACAUGAUCAGCUUCCGCAGAGCUCUGUACCGCCACGCUGUGCGGGUUCGCAGCAUUCAGGACGGUGGCCGCUAUCGAGACGUUUCAGCAAAGUUUUUCCGCCGCAACCCUGCUUGCAUUCACAGGUUGGCUCCGUGGCUGAAGCGAGAACUUACAGUCCUGCUUGGUGCCCAAGGAUCUCUGGCUAAUUUUGUGCAACACAUUAUCAUGAGUAACGUGACUAGGCAUGAUCUGGAAAGUCAGGCCUUUGCUGACAAGUUAAAGCCAUUGUUGCUGAAUUGGACAGAACAUUUCUUACAUGAAUUCAUCGCUUUUGCCCGUUGUCCUUUUAACUUAGAAGCAUAUGAUCUAUAUGCCAAUUAUGACUGUCCUGCACCAUCAUACAAUGAAGGAAACCACUCAGACUUAUCAAUUAUUACAUCUCCAGAUACGGCAUAUUCUCAAGGGUCAGAUAACAGGUGGUCUGGGACUGGUCUUGGUCAGGCCCCCUGGGAUGAUGAAACUCAGGGGCCUUCCUAUUCCAUUUCAGAAGAGGCUCAUGCAACCAUAGCUUCUCCUCUGAAGACGUCAGAAAGUUCUGAUGAGGGCUCUGCUGCACAGAGUCGAAGAACCAAACUGCAGACUUGGUUACAGGCUAAUGCUGACUUGAACAACAGUGACUCUUCCUUGGACAGUUCUGUUAUUGUUGGGUCUGUUAAGCCAUUAGCUGAGAGGAUACCAGAGGUGGUUGAGCUGUCCACGGACACUGAGGAAGAGCAAAGGGAAGAUGUGAAGAAACAGCGGCCAAUCCAGUGUCACAGCUGCAGUGACAGUGAACCAAGCAGGAGUUUAUCACCACAUUCCUCGACCUAUAAGGAGGAUGUGGGUAUUUGUAGAAGCUGCUUAUCUCCUGCAGUUGAGAAGACAGAGUCAAAGGAUGACGAGAAGAACAAAUGUAAAGUACAAGAUGAGUCUCCAUGGGACUUGAGCUGGAGCCCCUCUCUGGGGAGCGACACACUAUGCUCCCCUUGGAAUCACCGACUGUCUAGAAAGGGAAAGUCCAGGAGCCCACAAUCCUGUUCACGAAACAGCUGCAGUCAUGGCCAUUGGUCUAGGAGGGAGCAUCAUAGCAAGAGCCAACUUAAAAGGAGACAGUCAAGAAGCAGAGAUAGUAGUAAACACAGGAGCAAAAGAAGCAGCAGGCGAUCAAGGGCUCAUGACACCAGAGAGUCUCUAAAAAGCCAGAGAGGCUCAUUAAGAUGUGAGAGCACUCCAUCCAGAGAAGUAAGCAGAUCACGAUCACGUGGCAAAGGCCAUGGCAAAAGGAGAUCAAGAAGCAGAGACAGUGAUUGUUAUGGAAAAUGCAGGUCAAGGAGUUGGUCAAACAACAGGUCAAGGACCCCUUCUGGAGGGACUGACAGAAUGAAAAGUGAAAAGCCUGGUGGAAAAAAGAAGUACAAAACUCACCACUUGGAGAAUGCAUCCCCGGAGAGCACAAGUCUAGAGGGAGAAGAUGAACCCAAGAAAACUUCCUCAACAUUCAGUGACUGCCUCAAAAAUGAAGACAGCCUUUCAGACAGUCGAGCAAGCAGUGAGACAAAGCAUAAGAAAAAAAGAGUGAGGAGUCCGAGUGUGGAGAUAGUCUAUGAAGGAAAAGCAACAGACACUGCAAGGCAUCUUAAAAAGAAAAUGCGUAAGAAGAAACACCGGAAACGUCACAUGAGUAACUAG